ACCCCGUCUUGGUGCAAGACCACGAAGAUGAGAACCAGUACGCAAGUGCGGACCACCCAGGCGCGCCAAAAACGAAGAAAUACCGCGAAGGUUGGACUCAACAGGACCCCAGUAUAUGCCCAGCAAAUGCAACAUUUUUGUAUAUUUUAGAAUCACUUUGGCGUGAAAGAAAAGCACAUGAUGGUGCUGCAGAACAGUGGCAAGUACAGAGCCGAAAAAGAAGCGUCAAGUGGGAGGUCAGACGAUUCGUCAGAGGUUCGCCUGCAGAGGGCGGUCAUCAAUGAUGAACUGGAUGCACGGUUUGGAUUUGACCGGUACAAGGACCCUGCCGAAAGAGUGGGUUGGCUAAUCAACAUGCACCCGGCAGAUAUUUUGGAUGAGAACAAAAAAUUGAUAAGCGCUGUGGAUUACUACUUUAUUCAAGAAGACGGAAGCAAAUUCAAGGUUUCUCUUCCGUUCAAGCCUUACUUCUAUGUGGCAUCAAAGAAAGACACAGAGAGGGAGGUCUCCUCAUUCCUGUCUCGGAAGUUCACGGGCACAAUGGCCUCCAUAGAGACAGUCUCUAAGGAAGAUCUAGACCUGCCAAAUCAUUUGGUCGGUCUGAAGCGGAAAUACCUGAAGCUUUCCUUUGAAAGCACCCAGGAGCUGAUGAAAGUACGGCGGAGUUUGAUGCCAGCCAUCAAGAAAAACCAGGAACGGGAGAAGUCCAGUGACUCGUAUGCUUCUAUGCUAUCCAGUCACCUGAUGGGAGAUGAGGAGAUCUCAGCAGGCCACCAGAAGAAACUUGCCGAUCAGAUGGACAACCUGAUUGACAUCCGGGAAUACGAUGUCCCCUAUCACGUCAGAGUAGCCAUCGAUAAAAAGAUUCACGUGGGUCACUGGUACUCUGUUCAAGGUCGGGGAGCCAUGCCUCCCAUCAUUACCCAGAGGGACGAUCUCCUGGACAGACCGGAUCCAGUGGUGUUGGCUUUUGACAUUGAAACCACCAAGCUGCCUUUGAAGUUUCCCGACGCUGAAAUCGAUUCCAUCAUGAUGAUCUCCUACAUGAUUGAUGGUCAGGGCUAUCUCAUCACAAACCGAGAAAUUGUCUCGGAGGAUGUGGAGGAUUUUGAGUACACCCCUAAGCCAGAGUACGAGGGACCUUUCACAAUCUUCAACGAGGCCGAUGAGCCGUGUCUCCUGCAGCGAUUUAUUGAUCACAUCCUGGAGGUCAGGCCAAACAUCAUCGUCACCUACAACGGAGACAGCUUUGAUUGGCCCUUUGUUGAGGCACGCUGCAAGGUGCACAACAUUGACAUGUUUAGGGAGAUUGGCUUCCAGAAAGACGCCCAAGGAGAGUACAAGUCCAGACACUGCAUCCACAUGGAUGCCUUCAGAUGGGUGAAGCGCGACAGCUACCUGCCUGUCGGGAGUCAGAACCUGAAGGCUGCCACCAAGGCAAAGCUUCGCUACGAUCCAGUGGAGCUGGAUCCGGAAGAGAUGUGUCGCAUGGCAUCCGAGCAACCGGGAGCCCUUGCCAACUACUCAGUCUCGGAUGCCGUAGCAACGUACUACCUGUACAUGAAGUAUGUGCACCCGUUCAUCUUCGCAUUGUGCACCAUCAUUCCAAUGGAACCUGAUGAGGUUCUAAGGAAAGGUUCAGGAACCCUUUGUGAGGCCCUUCUCAUGGUUCAAGCCUUCCACGCCAACAUCAUCUUUCCUAACAAGCAAGAUACUGUCUACAACAAGAUGACCAGCGAUGGUCACGUGCUGGACUCGGAGACGUAUGUCGGCGGUCACGUGGAGGCCUUAGAAUCGGGAGUGUUCCGAAGCGAUCUGCCAUGCCGAUUCAGAAUGGUACCCGAAGCAUUUCAGACCUUGAUGGAAAGUGUUGAGCGGACCAUGCGUCACGCCAUCGAAGAAGAGGAAAAAAUCCCCUUGGAAACCGUCACCAACUUUGAUGAGGUGUGCACUGAUAUCAAGGAGAAGUUGGCAGCUCUACGAGACACCCCAGCUCGACUUGAGAACCCCAUCAUCUAUCACUUGGACGUUGGUGCCAUGUACCCAAACAUCAUUUUGACCAACCGCCUGCAGCCUUCUGCCAUGGUGGAUGAGGUGACGUGUGCAGCCUGUGAUUUCAACAAGCCCGGAGCACGCUGCCAACGCCGGUUGCCCUGGAUGUGGAGGGGAGAUUUCUUACCUGCAUCUCGAGGAGAGUAUCACCGUAUCAAGCAACAACUGGAGAUGGAGAAGAUUCCUCCCCUCAACCCUGGAGAACCUACAAGGGUCUUCCAUGAGAUACCCCGUGAGGAACAGGCUGCCAUGGAGAAGAAACGCUUGUCAGAUUACUGUCGGAAAGCGUACAAGAAGACCAAAGUGACACGUCAAGAGGAGCGAACUACAACAAUCUGCCAGAGGGAAAACUCCUUUUAUGUGGAUACGGUCCGAGCCUUCAGAGACAGACGCUACGAGUUCAAGGGACUACUCAAGGUUUGGAAGAGAAAAGUGGCGGCAGCCACUGAGAAAGGAGAUGCCAACGAGAUAAAGAGCGCCAAAAACAAAGAGAUCUUGUAUGACUCACUACAGUUGGCUCAUAAAUGCAUCCUCAACUCAUUCUACGGAUAUGUCAUGAGGAAGGGUGCUCGUUGGUACUCCAUGGAGAUGGCUGGUAUUGUAUGCUACACCGGUGCCAGCAUCAUCACUAGAGCGAGGGAAAUAGUGGAACAGAUAGGACGGCCGUUGGAGCUGGACACGGACGGUAUCUGGUGUGUGUUGCCUGCCAGCUUCCCAGAGAACUACACCGUCAAAACGACCAAUCCAAAGAAGCCAAAAGUUACCGUUUCAUACCCAGGGGCAAUGCUGAACAUCAUGGUGAAGGAUCACUACACCAAUGACCAGUAUCAGGAGCUGGUGGACCCAGCUAAUCUGACCUACGCCGAGCGGAACGAGAACUCAAUCUUCUUUGAGGUUGAUGGCCCCUACUUGGCCAUGAUCCUGCCUGCAUCCAAGGAAGAGGGCAAGAAAUUGAAGAAACGAUAUGCCGUGUUUAACUUUGAUGGUUCCUUGGCUGAGCUGAAGGGUUUUGAGGUGAAGCGUAACGGAGAGCUUCAGCUGAUCAAGAUCUUCCAGGCCUCCGUCUUUGAGGCGUUCCUCAAAGGGAACACUCUGGAGGAGUGUUACGCAGCAGUAGCAAAGAUUGCCGACUACUGGCUGGAUGUACUUUACAGCAGGGCUGCCAAUUUGCCUGACUCGGAGCUGUUCUUCCUGAUCUCCGAAAAUCGCAGCAUGUCUCGGAAACUGGAGGAGUACGGUGCGCAGAAAUCCACAUCCAUCCGCACAGCUAAGAGACUAGCAGAGUUCCUUGGAGACCAGAUGGUCAAGGACAAGGGUCUAGCCUGUAAGUUCAUCAUCUCCAAGAAGCCCGAGGGUGCUCCGGUGACAGAGCGAGCGAUCCCGUUGGCCAUCUUCCAGUCAGAGCCCAGCGUCCUCAAACACUACCUCAAGAAGUGGCUGAAGGACCCAAGCAGGACAAACUUUGACAUCAGGGAUAUUUUGGACUGGGAGUACUACAUUGAACGUCUCAGUAGCUGUAUUCAGAAGAUCAUCACAAUCCCAGCAGCACUUCAGCAGGUAGCAAAUCCUGUACCCAGAGUCCAGCAUCCUGACUGGCUCCACAAGAAACUGUUGGAGAAAAAUGACGUCUUCAAACAGAAGAAGAUCAGUGAAAUGUUUGCCCCACGGCAACGGAACAAGCCAGAGAAUACAGAGGAGGACUCUCAGGGUCCCGCCUCCUCAAUGGGCAUGCCUGACCUGGAAGACUUUGGCAGCCAGAGUCAACCCAAUGGACUCAAGCGUCCCGUGGUCACCAAGCGGAAGAGAACGCGAGACAGCUUGGAAGGGGAAGGGGGACGUUCCCAUGCAGCAAUCGAGGAGGAAUUGCUGGCGAAAUCCUGGCAAGAAGUGCUUGGCCCCGCCCCUCCCAUGGGACAAACCAAAGAGGAGAGGAGGGCGUGGCUCGCCUACCACAAGAAGAAGUGGGCACACCAGGCCCGUCAGAGAGCAGAACGUAACAAGCGUCGUCGCCUUGAUGAUUGCGAGGCAUCGCGGGGGGGCGCUAUCCGCGUCGGUCCAUCCAACAGUCUAGGGCAGUUCUUCCGACGCACAGCCCGAUCACUGCUCGAUAUGCCCUGGCAAAUCAUCCAGAUUGCAAAAACCGGCCAUCCAGGCCUGUACAAGCUGUGGUCAUUGAUCGGAAGUGAUCUUCAUUGUAUCAAGUUGCUGGUGCCAAGAAUCUUCUAUGUCAAUCAACGACAUCCCAAAGAAACAAACGAAGGACCCAUGUGGAAGAAGGUAAACCGAGCGCUACCACGUUCCAACCCAACACUGUAUCUGUAUGAGUAUGUGGUCCCAGAGGAUAUCUUCCAAGAACACUCCAACGAGCUGAAUGCCGACCUGUCGGCACCAGAGAUUGAGGGGGUCUAUGAGACACAGGUCCCCCUGGAGUUCCGUGCCUUGGUCAAGCUAGGCUGCAUCUGCAUGGUGAACAAGGACAAUGCUCGAUUCCUGGCUGGCAAGGAAUUGGAAACCUUUGACCUUGGGCAGCUAGAAUUCAAGACAUUGGCACAGUUUUCCUAUCUUCAGCCAGGGAGUCUUCGCAGGAUAUAUCUCUACCAUAACAUUGUAGGGUCUAAGGCAAUGUUCGGCCUGUUUUUCUCCAACUCUUCCAAGGCCAAUAUCUUUGCUGUUGACACUGUCCGUACCAACCAGAUGCCAAACCUGACGUUGAUGUACCAGACAGAGAGACAAGCGAAGAUUGCCCGUGGGACAGAAGAGGAAUUUCUUCCCCCAGAAAUGCACAACUUUGAAGUUCAAGUUGAAAAAGACAUGACAAAGGUGUACCGAGCUAUCAACCGCUUGCUGUCGUCUUACAAAGACGAGAGGAAGGGGCCCACAUUUAUUGCUGUCCAGUCACCAGUGGACAACAUGGAACUGGCUCGUCAUAUCCCCAUGCUAGACGACUUCCCAUUGGUUCGUCUACACGUCAAUGACGGUGAGAAUCUCUACAGCGUCCUGGACUGGCAGAGACAAGGUUCCAGACGACUCCUUCAGCAUUACCUCAAUGUGGACUAUCUUCUCCUGAGCUAUCUGGAGCAGAGUCGUUACUUCCACGUUCCUGUUGGUAAUCUCCCUGAGGAUACCGGGAUCUUUGGGGCCGACCUCUUCUACGCCCGGCACCUGCAGAAACACAGCCAUGUGAUGUGGGCAUCGCCCACAGAACGGCCGGAUCUAGGAGGGAGGGAAGCUGACGAUAGCAGGCUCGUGACUGAGUUUGAAGAGAGUUCCAGCAUCGACAUGAACCAGUCUGGCUGUUAUCGUACCAUCUGCGUGGAGCUGGACAUGGCUAGCUUAGCGGUCAAUACACUACUACAGUCUCAUCACAUCAAUGAGAUGGAGGGCAGUGCAGGCAGCAUCGCUUUUGACGCCACCCCUCAGAUCUCUUUGGAAGACAUGGUGACUGGAAAUGCUGGUACGGCAACGCUGCUGUCCAGCUACGAUGAAACCGCGCUCUGCUCUGUAGCGUUCAGAAUCAUGAAGAGCAUGGUGCAUGGUUGGCUGCGUGAUGUCACGACGUAUAGCAAUGUCUUUGCUGAUCAUCAGAUUGUGCACUUCUAUCGGUGGUUGCGUUCCCCCUCGGCUCUCUUGUACGACCCCGCCCUCCGCCGCACCCUCCACAACCUCAUGAAGAAGAUGUUCAUGCUCCUUAUGGCAGAGUUCAAGCGUCUCGGUGCGACGAUUGUCCACGCCAACUUCAACCACGUGCUGGUGUGCACGAAGAAGCGGCGCGUGAUCGACGGGGUGGCCUACGUGGAUUACAUCACCAACAGCAUCAAGUCACGGGACCUGUUCCAUGGGAUUGACCUGACAUACAAACAGUGCUGGGAACUUCUCAUGUGGCUAGAUCCAGCGAAUCAUGGUGGGGUCAAAGGUCAACUGCCAAAGUCACUGCUCAACCAGGAAGCUGGUGAGGAGUCACAUGACCUAGAGGAAGAAGAGUCUGAGAAUUUGACACAAGAUGAGGAAGCUCAAGAGAACGAGAUUGAGAUGAAUUGGAAUGUUAUGCACUACCUUCCGACAGCAGCGGCAUGCCAAAACAACUUCAACAUGAUCAUAGCUGGGUACAUCCUUGCUAUCUAUCGCAACGCCCAAGAUGAGCAACGCCGCACAAUGCCCGGCAACACUCCCAUCCGUCGACGUGGUCAGACUCAAGAGACGCAGCUCGCAGCCGACGAAACCACAACACCCUCUACAGUGACGUACGCGCAGGGUUUGAUCGAGGGAGAGCUGUCCCAGCGACUGUUUGCAAUUACGCAAAAAAUUCAGAAGAAAGUGUCCGGGAAUCGCAACUCAGUCCAUGAUGCAUCGUCAGAGUUUCCUCAACUUCCCGGGUCCCAUCUGCCUCUCAAUAAUCCCGCCCUGGAGUUUGUCAAAGCAGUCUGUAAGGUUCUAUCUUUAGACUCAGAUGUCACCAACCAGGUGAAUCGUCUCCAGCGUAAUCUCUUCCGGCUGAUAGGCACGGGGGAAUUCUCGAACGACGCCGUGUGGUGUGACCCCUGCCUCUCCUACAUCCUGCCAGAGGUCAUAUGCCGUGUCUGCAACCACUGCCGUGACCUGGACCUGUGUCGAGACCCACUCCUCGUUCAAGACGGAAACUCGGUUGCACUGUGGCAGUGUAUUCAGUGUAAUACAGAGUAUGAUGUAGCCACUAUCGAGCAGUCCUUGAUUGAGGCGGUACAACGAUCUUCCAUGGCCUACACACUACAGGAUGUGGUCUGUGCUAAAUGCCAACAGAUAAAGAUGCCCAAUAUGACUUCCUACUGUGAGUGUGCUGGAAAUUUUAUCACCACGGUUACAAAUUCAAAUUUCUUGAACAAGAUGAAGACAUUCAGCAAUAUUGCACGACACUAUGGCAUGACGCUCCUUCAACACACAGUAGAUUGGGUUCUUCAGAUGAAUUCGACAUCAAGCAGUUAACACCAAGUCCUUGCUACCUUAUCAAGACAGUCAUGCCUCAACGAUGAAGACAUGCCUCAAGGAUGAAGACAUCUCUGCUUAGAUUAUCAUCUCACCUCCAGUCAACUGAAACAGUUACAGUUGAGCAGUCGGGUCAUCUGUUUAGCCACAUAAGUAAUCUUUGGCCAGUCAAGUAGACCGAAACAUGGUCCUUAGUUACAUCGUUCCAGUCUGAGAUUUUGUCAGAACCCUCAGUAAAAGGAAACUCUCAGUAAAAGGAAACAUCUGUAAUGGAGUUAUCUUCGCAUAUUGGUGGUACAUUUCAUUUUCCCUGAAGAUCUCAUUCUCUGAAAGAAAAUAUAACAUGCAAGAAUCACGAUGCUUUACGAUUUUCUGCCAUGUCAAGAUAUUUUGAGGCAAGGGUUAUUAGCCGGAUUAAUUCUUUGAUAACCAAAAUGACACAGUGGUGUUCACAAUGCACUUGUCUGGCACCACUGUUAUCACGUUGAAGCCUUUCUUAUCUAUCUUUCUUUACACAGAUGCUUCGACAAAAAUGUGAGAAUGUUUAAUAAUUAUAUAAAAGGGGGAGGAAUAGAGACCCACAGAGUGAGAAAGUUAAAUGUGUGGAUGUGGUAUUUUAAAGAUGGGAAAAAAUUCAAGCCAUGCAACAACUUCAGAGAAAUUUGUUGAAGUUCACAUCUUGCUGUGCCCCUUGCUGGUUAGAGGUGUGUUUAGGUAAGGGUUGGCCUGGAAUGACCUCUGACCCAUAGGUCAAAGGGUAAUUCCAACAUGUCACUGCAGCUUUUCAGAAGUAUACUUUACAGACUGUCGCCAUACAUUCACAUUAUGCAAACACAGUUUUAUAAACCUCACGGAAAAUGUAAAAAUCCCUGUAAAAUUAAAAUUAUUAAAACUAGGUAAAUUGUAUUGGGUUCAAAAUUGUUUUGUGAAGUUCAUUUAUGUCAAUAAGAUUACUUUGAAGUAGAGGUUAGUACAAAGUAUUAUUAAGUUUAUUUACAAAUAAUCCUGUUUAACAGUAAAUAUUCCCAAAGAAGUA